CCUUUCCAGCUGGAAUAAAUCCAUGGACCAUGCAGCCAGACGUAAAGCCCGUCCUAGACUUGCUCAAUGGCUUCCGCGCUUCUCAAACGCUGCUUACCGCUGUGCAACUAGGAUUGUUUGAAUGCCUAGAGCAUACAAAUGAGCUUUCCGUGGAUGGACUUGCUAGUGCACUCGCGCAUCGACUGCCGGGCUCCCCAGCGCCAUCUCUUGACGGACUUGAUCGGCUAUGUCGAGCAUGUGUGGCUCUGGGACUGCUUUCUUCCCCUGCGAAUGGGCAGUUUGCCCUAACUGACGCUGCGCGAGCCUAUCUGUUGGCUAGUGCACCGCAGUCCCUUGCUGGCUACUGUGUGCAUUCGAGUCAGGUGGUGUGGCCGUUGUUUGGUGGCCUGCCCGCGGCGGUGACGACCGGGUCCAAUGUGUGGCAGCAGCAGUUUGGCGCGCCCGGCUCGGACGUGUUCGCACGCGUUUACGACACCCCUGGUGCAGUACGGCGCUUCAUGUCAGGCAUGCACUCCUUCGCCACGCUGUCCGCGCCGGCCGUGGUCCGCGCCUUCGACCUCUCCUUUGCCACGCGGCUGUUGGACCUGGGCGGGGCCACAGGCGCCCUGGCGGCCGCCGCCUGCGCCGCCUACCCCAGCCUGGAGGAGGCGGUGGUGGUGGACCUGCCACACGUGCUGGAGCUGGCGCAGCGGCACUUCGCGCCCACAGCGGCCCCACGUGAGCCGGCAGCGCCAGCGGAAGUGCAGGGGGCUGGUGGUGGCGGCGGUGGUGGUUUUGGUGGCGGUGGGGAUGGCGGCGGAAGCGGAGGCGGCGGCUCUGGUGACUGCGGCUGCAACGGGCGGCUGAGGUGGCUGGCAGCGGACUUCUUCACGGAGACGGACAAGCUGCCGCAGCAGGUGGACUUGGUGGUCCUCAGCCGCAUACUCCACGACUGGGACGGCCCCCGCUGCGCCCAGCUGCUUGCACGGGUGCACGGGCUGCUGCGCCCCGGCGGUGCCGUGCUGGUGGCGGAGAUGCUGCUGCAGCCAGACCGACUGGGGCCGCCGGCGGCGCUGCUGCAGGACCUGAACAUGCUGUGUCAGACGCACGGCCGCGAGCGCAGCCUGGCCGAGUACGAGCAGCUCCUGCAGGCGGCCGGUUUCGUAGACGUGCGGGGGCACGUGACAGGCACCUACCUGGACGCAGUGCUGGCACGCAAACCAGAGCAGCACUUGUAGGAUGGCGCAAGCGUGUUGGCGUGUGUACCGUAUGUAUGAAAGCGUGAACUGGUACUGGACGUUGUCUAAGGAUUCCCGCACGCGCCGAGGUUUGCCUGUCCGAUAGACGACGGCGCGGACGGCGGCGCAUGAUCAUCGCUUGGCGCUUCUAGACCCAUAACGCAAUGCGGUGAUGACAUGCGGUAGUGCAGGAAUAUACCACUAUGCCGUAGCGGUUGUGCAGGAGAAUGGCGGCAGCGUUGCAGGAUGUGUGGGGCCUCAAUUGUGAAAUGGCAGAGGAACCUGAGAGGAGCCUGAGGCUUUGACAGGGCCACAUAGGGGAGGCCACUCCUGGGGUGACAGGGUGUAGCGCGUCAGCCUAGGAACAACGUCGAGUUUUGGGCGUUGAAGUUUCGUGGCGUUGCCUUGGCUUCCAUUUGCGUCGACGGGUGGCUGGUGGUAACGUUCAGUUGUUAAAGAUGCGGUGACAGCCCAGGCCUCGUGCAUUGCAACCGGAAUCAUCAUGUGUAUCGUUGCAACUGUCCAGCGCGCGGUAGCCGUGUGGACGGGGGGCUGGCACCAUGCUCCCUUGCAAGGAGCCGAUGUGGCCGGAAUGCGGCUUCCACAUUUCGUGUUGCACAAUAAUCCCCCAAACCUCACGCUGCUGCACACGUAACCCAUAUCUACCCUGUCUUGGGUACCGGUAUGUUCCAUCCCGACGCCCAUCACAUCCUCGCUUCCCUUUACGCCAGCAGCAGGGCCCUAGCACUCCCGAAUGAAGAUGAAACGUACACAGCAAGCAAACAUGACAACUCCUGCACACAAGCAACACUAAAGCCCGUGACACGUGUGAAACGAAACCUACUCGUGUGUAUGUGGGCCGGCAUACAACACCGCGGCGCAGGUUCCAGGCCGCAUGCGCGCUCACAAACAAAAAGAAUCAUCACUGGCGCACGCAAUCACGAGUCAUAUACGCACCUGUACAGGGCACAAUACCAUACACGCAUGCAACAAAAGCGGUGAGCCGUCAAAGCUCUAUUGCAGAUUCUGUCCUCGCCCGCUCGAUUUGCA